AUGCGAGGUGAUUAUCAGCCGGCCUACAAUGCAGAGCUGUGGUCACCCAGUGGCCUUGCCUUGGACAAAGAUCAGAGAUUCCUAUAUAUUGCAGAUGCUGGCAGCCACCGUGUGCGAAGGAUUGACCUGGCGCAAACCCCUUUGAACGCAGGUAUUAUCGAAACGGUUGCAGGCAAUGGCUUUAAAGGCCGUGCUGAGGAGGGACAACUUGCUACGCAGGCAGAGCUUGACACCCCCACUGGAGUGGCAGUCGACCUGAAUCAAAUGCUGUGGAUAUGUGACAGCGGAAACAACGUGUUGCGUGUGGUGUCCAUGGAGAUCCCAGUCCGCAUUCCAAGCACCAAUGAGUUCCGAAGGAAUAUCAUCCUUACGGCUGCAGGUGGCGCGACUGGCUCAACCACCAAGGGUGAUGGUGGUGUGGCCUGGUUGGCGCGAAUGCAGGCUCCGUCAGGUGUCGCAGUGUCCUCGGCAUUUAUCAGCAACGAGGACGGCACACUGCCAGUGAAUGUCUACAUCUCCGAAGCAGGUGGCCAGCAGGUGAGGACCAUGUCUUUAGAGUACCAGAGCUACCUCGGCGUCAUCAACACGCUUGUUGGGCGUGGACAACGGGGGAACUACACCAAGGAGUCGGCAAAGCACUCAUUCUUCUUGGUCUUCAGUGUCCUUCACCACUCUUUGCUCGGCAGUUCACAGAUUCUCUCAUUGGUCUUCUUGAGGAGGCAUCCCCAUUAG